AUGGGACACGGGGGAAAUGGGCCUGAGAGGAAUUUUAGCGCUAAAGAAGAACGAAAGGUAAGCUUGUUGCAAUUAAAUUGGCCUACAUGAAACAGUUUCGAUAUGAGGCAUUUGGGCCUCAUGUAAGGAACUGGGUAAUACAUCAAGUAAAGGGUUGUGCAGGAAUUGUGCUUAGUAAAAACAUUUUACAUUUAAAAUCCUUAAUUGCAUUUAUGCAUCAUGUAAAUAAAUGCAUGCAUAUUGCACUACCACAAUGCAUGCAUUGAUGCAAUGUGCAGAGAGUUGGUUUGAGUAUGCAGACUUUGCAUCCAUGGGUGGGGGGUGGGGGGUGGGUGGCCAGAGAAGGGUUGGCUAGGGUGUUCUAUCUCCAAAGUGUCUAUUACAGACUUGAUUUGAGUAUAAAAUUGAAUCACAUUUCCCCUAAUAUUAAAUUGAAACCACUGAAAUGUAACAAUAAUUUCUGAUGACAUCCAUUCAAAUCCUUUCAAACAAUAGCUAAACUGACUGAUUAGUUUUGAUCAACAUUGAUAAACAUUGGUGGUGUUCUAUUUCUUUAUGCCUUUAUCAUAAAUGGUCACUGUAAAUGUUUAAACAAUCGUCAAGGCAUCAAUUGGUUAAUAUGUAGACAGAUGUAUUAAUUGGCCUGUUGAUUUGAUUGAAAGCUGCGGAAGCCUCUAAUUGAGAAGAAGAGGCGGGAGCGCAUCAACUGCAGUCUGGAACAACUGAAAGGGAUCAUGGUGGAUGCAUACAACCUGGAUGUGAGUACACACACACACACACACACACACACACACACACACACACAAGAUGAUAAUAUUUUGAGAAUGCAAUUGCAAAUUACAUUCUUCCUCCCAUCUCCUUCUGAUUCACUCCUCUUACACAGCAAUCUAAACUGGAGAAGGCUGAUGUACUGGAGGUUACUGUGCAACAUAUGGAGGGUCUGCAGAAGGGUCACGGUUCAGGUAAGCACCUAACACACACACACACACACACACACACCGUCACCUUUGAAGACAGUAGUCCACUUGGCUGUUUUCAUUCUUAAAACGUUGUUCCAAGUUCUAACAGAACAUACAGAACCUGUUUAAAAUUCUUACAGUGAUGGAAGCCUUGGAACCUCCCAUGAUGUGGAGGAUUAUCAUGCGUUGUCAAUCAUUGAAUAAUGUCACCCAAUAGGGGUCCUUCACUCUACAUAUCAAUGAGCUCCCAUUGGGUCAAAUCAGUCAAAUGAUUGACAACAGAGACAAACUGGGAUUCAAAGCAAGCCAGGGAAUGGGAUAGACACUCCUUCACUACCCUGAUCACACAUUUCACGAGUUGAUAUCAACUGAUUUGUUUUAUUUCAAGUUAUUUUAAGUAAUAUAUUCUAUUGACUGAUAUAAACCUGUUCACAAAGCUCACUGCAUAUUAAUUAGUGCAUAAUACCAUCAAUAUCCUGCAUACCCUACUAUGUGGUAACUACGCAUUGUAGGCCUACUAAGCCCGUGAGUUGGUGUUCCAUCCUGACUCACCGCUUCCCCCUUGUGUUCGUAUCUCUCUCUAGGUUCCCCUUCUGGUCCCAGUAUAGGGUUUGAGUCCCGGCAUCGCUACAGCAGUGGAUACAUCCAGUGUAUGCAUGAGGUCCACAACCUGCUCCUGAGCUGCCCAGGCAUGGACAAGCCACUGGGGGCCCGGCUCCUCAACCACCUGCUCAAGUCUCUGCCCCACAUCAGCUCUGAGACUGGGGCUGGGAACACUGGUGGCAAUGGGACCAAUGGUAUCAAUCGGACUCCGACUAGGGCUAUUGGUAUUAGUAAUAGUAACAGUGGUAGUAUUGGUGGUGGUAGUAGUAAUGGUGGUAGUCCCAUGUCUGGAUCUGGGCCUGCCUCCCCUCCCCAGUCUCCACUUUCUCUGCCAUCUGGAGGUGGAGCUCAGUCAUUCCAGCCUCGCUGUUUACAGAUGCAUCAUGCCAAGCCCCCCACGCAGCCAUCACCCCCACCCAUAGGAUGUUCACCGCUCCACGCCCUUCGCAGCCAGGUACAUUCUGGUAGAGAUGGGAGGGAUCAGCAGAAGCCCUUCUCCUCCUCCUCCUCUCCUAGCUCCCCCAAAUCCUCCCCCAAUCUACCCCAGCCUGGGGUGUUUCACCCCGCCCCCCUGUCCCCUUUCUUCCCCCCUGGGGGAGACCCCUCCAUGUGGAGGCCUUGGUGA